AUGUUGAUAUCCAAUGACCCCGAAUACCAGCAGCUCCCUAGGUUGUUUCUCAGGAACUUCUUCUGUGCUGCUGAUAUAUUCCAACUGUUCGAGUGCUUCGAUGAGCCUAUUGCUUAUAGGCCUUACAUUUGGACCAGGAUCCUGUCCGUAUGGCCCCUAUGCCUACUUCAUCUCUUCUUCCAUAAUACCAUGAGAUCUGAGGGGAGUAUUACGCCUGACACAGAAAGUCUAUCACCGUAUGACCCGAAAAGACCACCAGCACCUGAUCCGGAAAGCCAGCUGUUACUUGACCAGGAGGAUCGUAAAGAGAAUAACCUAUCUUUGGAAGCUAUGAAGGUGGACAUAUAUGUGUGGGCAGAUAUUUUGUCUGGCCUGGUCCUAGACAUGCAACUGCUGUAUUUGCGACGCGACCUACUUUCCCAAAUUGAUUUGUUUGAACCCCAAAUCCACUUUUUUAUUAUAAAGAAUAUGGUCUUGAUGCUGGCGCAAGUCUGUCGAGCCGCGGUCAUCUUGCAACGGCAAAUUCGUAAGGUCUAA